UGUCCACAAUGCGACUCUAACAGCAACUGUUUUUCCCCUUUUGUAUAGACUGUUAGGGUUGUGUAACGGUAAAGUACCUCCGGCAAACCAAUCGAUCCCAUAUUUAAGACGAAGUCUACCUUAUAAACUACCAGCUAACGCCAACCGUUAGCUAUGGAGGAGAGGAAGGAGGAGGGAGAAGCGGAGAUCCAAGAACACGGCCCCGAACACUGGUUCUCAAAAUGGGAACGGCAGUGCUUAGCAGAGGCCGAACAGGAUGUUCCGAACGAGGAGGAGACGGAACAAAGCCAACAGAAACUGUGGCACCUCUUUCAGAACUCAGCCACCGCGGUAGCACAGCUAUACAAAGAUAGAGUAUGUCAGCAGCAAGGCCUCUCUCUCUGGGUGCCCUUCCAGAAUGCAGCGACAGCUGUCACUAACCUGUAUAAAGAAAGUAUGGAGGCCCGCCAACGGAGCUAUGACCUGGGCAUCCACUUAGGCUACCAGCGCAGGAAUAAGGAUGUGAUUGCAUGGGUUAAGAAACGCAGAAGAACGAUCAGGCGUGAAGACCUCAUCAGCUUCCUGUGUGGCAAAGUUCCACCUCCACGAACGGCUCGCGCCCCGCCCAGAGUUGCCAUGGUGUCUGCAAGCCGACCAUCAGCCCCAGAGACAGGCAGCUCUGUGGAGACCGACCUGCAGCCUUUUAGAGAGGCCAUAGCACUGCAUGGUCUUAGCGGUGCCAUGGCAAGCAUUUCUGUGCGUUCUGGUCCUCCCGGUUCCCCAACUCACCCCGCCCAGUCCCUCAGUCGCCGUAGGAAUGGUCUCCAUGACAUGGACCUCAACACCUUCAUUGCUGAGGAGAUGGCGCUCCAUUUGGAUUCCACAGCCAAUCGUAAACGAGGCCCUGCCCCCUGUAGUGAUGUCAUCACAGACUCACCUACUCAUAAACGGAACAGGAUGCUCUGAACUUUUCCUACACCACUAAUCCUCCUCUGUCCUCUUCUUGGUGGCCGACUGGACAGCUGAUGAGGACUGAUGCCUUGGCCAACCAUUGAAAUCUUCCUCUUUUCGUCUUAGUUGCAAUGCUACAAAUAAAGGAACUCAGCUAUUACCAACCCAGAUAUUUCGCCCCGUCUUUAUUUCUUAUUUCACCCCCGAAUGUUGUCUCACACCUUCACCAUAGUAGUGUUCCAUUCUUUUUCAGGAUAUUUUGUUCAAUUGUUUGCCCUCAGUAUAUCUGAUACCGAAGUGGACACACGUCACACAUUAAAUGUAGAUGCUGAAUGUUGCAUUUGGACAUUGUUUAUAUGGCCAGGCUCCUUUUUGCUUCACAUCUGAUAAAAAGAUGAAACAGACUGUUGCUUACUGUUUGCAGUUCUCUUCCCCCUCAUACCUCAAGCGUACUUCCUCCUCCUCCUCCACCACCUCCUUGGAGUGUUGGCCAAAUCCGACUGGACUGAAACCCGCACUCCUCAGGAGGCCGAACCACCUCCCUACCAUGUGGCCGAAUCAAAGCGCUUGUCAGCGUGUGUAUCUCAUUCUGCUGCUGCUCUGUGUGUUUGCGUAUCUGACAGCAGAACUGCCACUUACUGUGUUGUACUUGUCUUCGCCUUUUGAGAAAGCUGCUACAGUAUCUCUGGUUGUGCAACAAUGAGUGUGGGGGUGUGUGUGUGUGCGUGUGCGUGUGGAUGCGGGGUUCAGGCAAAUCCAGCACCCACUUGACUGAAACAUUUCCUGUUUUACUUAAAUUCAUCCUAUAUUUUUCUUUAGUUGCCAUUUGCAGCCCAAACCAGGAUUUUAUCACAAAGCAGGUCAGUUCAAUUUACACAGAUAAUAGCGACUUUCAUUAAGUGUCAGCUAACUGACCGAGUAGUGGAGUCACAAGAUCUAUUUUCAACAAAGAUUUCUGUUUCCUUGUCCUGCAUUCUUGCAAUUUUUCUAAUCACACUGUUAGACAUAGGUAUUGUCAUGUUUACAAGUUAUCCAAAUUUACACUGUUUCCCUUUCACUGAGUACUGGUUCUUGCAUUUUUGCAUUAAGAGCAGUAACAGUGUUUCAAAGCUUGCAUUUCACUUUCUGUUUGCAUUUGGCUCAUUAAUAAAAACAAAGUUGCGAAUUAUCAUUUUGUCUCUUGUACUUGAGAGAGAGUUACAUUUUCACACUUGUGGGUUCAGCUUUAAUUCUAGAAAUAUUACAGGUUGCAUUUGCCUGUGAUAUUGCAUUUUGUUUAGCCAACUCGUGGACUAUUGGCAUGGUGGUUCAGCAAGGCACAGGGCACUUGUUUUGCUAAUAUCACUGCUUUGUGAUACAAUCUUGUGUAAUGUGUGUAAAUAACAUGUAGGUGCUGUUAUAUGUGGUACAUCUUGUAAAAAGAAGUGCAAAUCCGUUGGGAUGUCCAUGUACAAAAAUAAUUCUGACAUUAAAGAAAAUACAAGCGUU